CCGCCUUCCCCUCUCGCCAGCUGUUCGCUGUGAUUUGCCUCCCGGGGGUUCGUUCAACGCUCUGUGCAGCCUGAAAGAAAGUGCGCAGUAUUGUUCCACCGCCCGCUCGCUCUCUCCCCACGGCCACUGGGCACUCUCCUACACCCCUCUCCUCCGAAAACCUUACGAACCACACCGCCCACGGCACACUUCGAUCCACAGCACAUUGAGGGGGCUCUUUUAGGCCAUCUCAGCUCCACACUCGCUCCACGAUGAACAAUCAGCAGCAGGGCAACCGCCUGCAGCUCAACUUUGGCUUUGGUGGUGGGGGUGACCGCAACAACCAGUAUGCCCAAGAGCAAGGCCGUGCGUUUCCCACUACACCGUCGACAUUCCCGCAGCCUGUGUACCCGAACCAGGCUGGUCAACAAGAAGUCUGGGGUGCGCAGCAGCAAAUGGGUGGCAAUGGCUAUGGAGGCUACUUCCAGAACCCUUACCAGCAGGCUCAGUACCAGGGGCAGCAGGGAAACCUUCAGGCCCCAGGUUCAGCUCGCUUCGACCAGAGCCCCAAUGGACUAGCCCAGCAGCUUUCCCAGCAGCACCUCGGAGGUGGCAGCAACCGCUCUGGAAGCCCAUACGGCCGCCAGCCAUCGCCGAACCAACAGCGACCUCGCACUGCUGAUAACAGGGGAUUUGGAUACGGUGGCUAUGGAGGCGGCUCUGCACCUCGGCAGCCGUCACAAUCAUUGUACGAUGAGGAGGCACCGGCCAGAAACCCUGAGAAGUACUCAAGCAACGUCGCCCAGCAGGCGACUAUGUCAAAGGGUCUGAUCAACACCUUCUUCAAGGACAGCGUUCAGCGAGCACGCGACCGAAACCAGAGAGCAUUGGAACUCGAGUCCAUUAUGAAGGAACCCUCGAUCUCCGACAACCGCAAAGCCCAGAAGGAAAACAGCAUGCGCAACGCCGAGAUCCAAUACCUGCGGUUCCUGCGAACAAAGGAGAAGCCAGAGAACUUCUCGACAUUGAAGGUUAUUGGCAAGGGUGCCUUCGGAGAGGUCAAGCUUGUUCAGCGCAAGAAUGACGGCAAGAUCUAUGCGCUCAAAUCACUGGUCAAGCAGGAAAUGUUUAAGAAAGAUCAAUUGGCUCACGUACGAUCCGAACGUGACAUCCUCGCCGAGUCGGAUAGCCCCUGGGUUGUCAAGCUGCACACCACGUUCCAGGACAACACCUUCCUAUACAUGCUUAUGGAGUUUUUGCCCGGUGGUGAUCUGAUGACUAUGCUCAUCAAGUACGAGAUCUUCACAGAGGACAUCACAAGAUUUUACAUGGCCGAGAUCGUCCUCGCCAUAGAAGCUGUGCACAAGUUGGGUUUCAUUCAUCGUGACAUCAAACCUGACAACAUUUUGCUGGAUCGCGGCGGUCACAUCAAGCUGACUGACUUCGGUCUGUCGACAGGUUUCCACAAGGAGCACGAUGCCGGCUACUACAAGAAGUUGCUUGCUGGCGGCGCACACAAAUCGAAUCGGGAUAACCGAAACUCGAUGAACAUGGAUCAGAUCCAACUGACUGUCAGCAACCGUACACAAAUCAACACAUGGAGGAAGUCUCGUCGCCAGCUGGCCUACUCCACCGUCGGUACACCCGACUACAUUGCGCCAGAGAUCUUCAGCGGCCAAGGAUACGACUUUGGCUGCGAUUGGUGGUCUGUUGGUACCAUCAUGUUCGAAUGUCUCAUCGGCUGGCCACCUUUCUGCGCAGAGGAGCCCCAUGACACUUAUCGCAAGAUCGUGGAUUGGCCACGCAACUUGCACUUUCCCCCAGACCAGCAGCUCGGUGCAGAGGCGGAGGACUUUGUGAGGCGCCUGAUCUGCGACGCCGACCACCGUCUAGGCCGCAUCGGCGGUGCCAGCGAGAUUAAGCAGCAUCCGUUCUUCCGCGGCGUCUCGUGGGAUGGUCUGCGACGCAUCCGUGCACCGUUCGAACCCAAGCUGCAGUCAAAUGUUGAUACGCAAUACUUCCCUAUUGACGAGAUUGACCAGAACGACAACAGCGCUGCUUACAGGGCGCAAGCCGCGCAGUCCGGAGAGGACGAAUACGCCACCAGCUUGCCCUUCAUCGGCUACACAUACAAGCGUUUCGAUGCUUUCCGAGGUGCAUAGAGUGCUCGUCGACUGGUUGCGACGAUACACUGCACAAUUGCAUAUCGUUUUUGCAGGCUUUGACAUCGUAUACAAGCAUCGCCUAGGCGUUGGGCCUCGUUUCUCUUGGUCUCAUAUCUUACGUUGUCGUUCUGCACAUUAUUCUGUGGUCAUUGGGAGUAUCGAGGGCCCGCCGGACUGGGAUCAUGUGGGCGCCACUCUGCGUCACAGCUAAGGCGUAAGCUGAAGUGUUCGGGUUCGUCCUUUAAGUGUCUGGUGAUAGCACUUCGGUCACGGGCACAUCUGGGGGGAGACAUCAGACUAACUAUUGGGAUAUGGAGGAGUUGGAGAGAAUCAAACAACGUGAAAC